AUGGUCAGCAUCAAAGUUACCAAGCAGAUGGUCCCUACACCUAGCAUGGGAUGGGGAGGUAUGAGCUGGAAGGACCCCUUUGUCACCGUCACUUUCCCCAGCAAAGUAAUCUUCACCAGUGCCUCCCUCCUGCUGCUGCUGGUUCACAUGGGUAUCUUCGGAGCAGACCUCUACCACUUCACUGUGACCCAGGAGUUCAAUCUCAUGAGCUUUCAUGGCACCACAGUACUACUGGUAUCCCAUGUGCUGAGCUUUUACUGGGCCUUGCUUGGAACAUUUUACACUUUGGAGGCCAACGACAAGGUUCUCAGGGGGUUUGCCCUGACCUCGCUGGUGAUGAACUUCGCCCUCUUCGUGGGCCGCUUCUGCCUGGACUACCUGACUAUCGAAUACAGGGAGGAGUUUUACUGA